GCUUUUUUAUUUUUUUGGUAAACUUGCGAUAAGCGUAGCAAAAUUGAUAUUGAACGUCUAGCAACCCCAAGUUUUACCCUGUAAAUAGUAUUAUUGAUUGUAAAAUGUGAAUUGUGUUGUGAUUGUAUUUAUUUGGUGUCAAUGAUAUUUCCAAAGCUAUUACCGAAUAAAUUCAUAAAAUAAAAUGAAAUAUGUAAAACAUCAUAAGUUUACAAUUUUAUAAUUGUGUGUAGGUGCUUAGUGUUUGUCGCAUUAAUUUAUGAAUAAAGAUUAUCAAUUAUACAAUAACAUUUUAGAUAAUAAAUUAUACUUUACAUUAAAAACCGGGGAUAUAUUGAUAUUUAUUUGGAAUUAUGGUGGAAAACGGCGCGUCUAGUGGCGGCAGCGAAAGUCCGAACGCCACGGGCGUUAGGUCUGGUUUAUUGGAGACUCUAGUUCGUGGGGUUUGGUACAGGGUACAUUGUUCCUUGGACGACGAUUACCUGAGUGUUUGCCUGGACGACGGCUACGACGCCACCACGACCCUCAACGGAACCCUCAACAACAAUAACGUGGAAACCCCGAACAGCGACUUCACUGAAGUACCAGAAGCUAUAGCUAACCAGAAACGCUUGGUGCAAGUCGUCAAAUCCGACAACAAUGGCUUGGGCAUAUCGAUAAAGGGUGGUAUUGAGAACAAUAUGCCCAUAUUAAUAUCGAAAAUCUUCAAGGGUAUGGCGGCUGAUUUAACAGAGCAGUUGUAUGUUGGCGAUGCAAUACUCUCAGUGAAUGGAGAAGAUUUAAAAGAUGCCACCCAUGAGGAAGCUGUAAAAGCAUUAAAAAGAGCAGGGAAGAUGGUGCAGUUAGAAGUGAAAUACUUGCGCGAAGUGACGCCAUACUUCCGGAAAGCGUCCAUCAUAAGCGAAGUGGGGUGGGAGCUGCAGCGCGGCUACAUGGUGGAGGCGCCGCCGUCGCCGCCCUCCCCGCGCCGCCGCCGCGCCGACACCCGAUACGUGCCGCUGCUGAUGGCCUGCGUCGCCAAGAACUUGCGCCAUCACGACCCUGAGGAGCGCACGAUAGAGAUCUACUCCCCGGACGGCGUGCACGCGCUGGCGUUGCGCGCGCCGUGCAGCACGUCGGCGGCGGGCUGGCACCGCGCGCUGCACGCGGCGGCGCGGCGGGCUGCUCGCGCGGCGCUGGCCCGAGCGCGCCCGCGCCUGCGCCCGCUGCUCGGCGACGUGCGCUACGCCGGCUGGCUCGCGCGCCGCCCGCCGCAGGACCAGAUGGUGGCAUCCGGAGGGUCCGAUAGUUCGGACGAUGCGGAAGGUUGGCAGCCGGCGUUCGUGGCCAUCACAGACCGCGAGUUGAGGCUGUACGAGGCGGCGCCGUGGUCGGCGGAGGCGUGGUGCGCGGCAGCGGAGAGCUUCAACCUGGCGGCCACGCGGCUGGCGUGGUGGCGGCGCGGCGGCGCGGGCGCGGCGGCGCUGGGCGUGCGCGCGGGCACGCCGGGCGGGCUGUGCGUGCGCGCGCUGCGCGCCGACACGCCGCACGACCUGGCGGCGGUGGCGGGCGCGCUGGUGGACGGCGCGCACCACGCCGUGCGCGCGCAGGAGUACACGUUCCGCUGCCGGUACCGCGGCGCGGGCGCGCGCCUGGCGCUGGGCGCGGCCGGCGUGUGCGUGUGGGAGGCGGCCGGCUCGCUGGGCCGCGGCGGCGCGCGCGCGCUGUACCGCCGCCCGCUGCACGCGCUGCGCGCCUCCGCCGACGACGACCGCGCCGCGCUGUGGCUGCACUUCGCGGACGACGACACGCUCGAGUUGGACAUGGAGGGCAGCCCCAAGCCGGCGGUGUUCAUCCUGCACAACCUGCUGUCGGCGCGCGUGCACUCGCUGCCGGCCGAGGCGGCCACGCACCCGCUAUAGCCCGCGGCGUCUCUCGCCAACGUGCCAGCGUUGCAGCUAACUCUCAACAAUAACUGACAUGUACGAGUGUGUUAUAUUCAUUAACCUAUUAUAAGAUCAUUUCUUAACCAAACAACCCCCCCCCACGCCCCCUUCCCCCCUCCAACCAACGACCCCGAUCAAAGAGGUAAAAGAGAUUUUAUACUAUAGAUCUGUUACUAACGCGAAACUGAGGCGAACAAAGGCGCCCGUACUAAAGCCAUAUGCGAGGAGUACUCUUUACUAACAAACAAAUUGGAAAUGAGGGUAGAAAACGCAUGUCAUUUCAUAACUUUUUUAUUUCAAAUGAUGUAUUGUUGUUUUAUAAAAUAUAACGGACGCCUGCUACUUCGUCCGCGUAGAAUUCACUUUUCUAUAAAUGCCGCUGGAUUUUCCGGGAUGAAAAGUAGCCUAUGUGUUAAUCCAGAGUAAAAUCUAUUUACAUUCCAAAUUUCAGCCAAAUCGUUUCAGUAGUUACAGCGUAAAAGAGGAACAAACAUACUUACACACUUACACACUUUCACACUUACACGCAAACUUUUGCCUAUAUAAUAUUAGUGUGAUUUACUUUCAAUAAUUUAAGAACAAGUUAAUUAUAAUUAUUAUUACUAGGUGUGAAAUUACAAGCGAUUUAUUUUAUAAUUUUUAAUUUGUUUGUUGGUAAACAGUACUCCUUGAGUAUGGCUUUAGUAUAAUUGAAUUUAUUUUAUUUAAUCGCAUAGUGAACAACGACAGUUAUUUAUAACAAAUAAUAUCUAAAUAUUGUCUACAAUGUCGAGAUGUGAGUUAACGCAAAAUUGUGUAUCUGUGUACUCAGUGGAGUAGCUAAAUACGGAUCACUUUUGCAGUGAUUUUGUAGACAAGUGACAUAUUUAUAGUAUAAAAUAUCUUUGACAUAAGUAGGUACAGUGUAAUUUUUUUACAGCCAAUUUUGUCUUGUAACAACAAGCGAAGUAGAUUUUGUAUUCAAAUACCUGAGUGUCCAAAGAGUUUAUCCCUCGUUCGCUAAAUUGACAUGCAAGUUUUAUAUUAAACCCAAUAUUAUGUAGGUGUGCGAAAUAUUCACAUCACAUUGUCCUGGGUGUAUAUCAUCCAUAUUUGUACUAUGGGAACACCUGUUUGAAAGAGCCUAAAAUGAAAGUCAAUUUUACAAGUCAACGACAUUAUAACUUGGAUUGAUAAUGCGAUUGUUGCCAUGUUAUCAUUGACCUCUUAUAAUAAACAGAUAUCUUGUAGAAAAUUUAACUUAAAAAAUGGCCAAUUUUGCGUUGACAGUUUUAGAUUUGGUAAAGAAAAUUAUACCUAAAAGCUUUGCUUUAAAUAUAGUCCAAUAUUCAAUAAAAUCCGAAAUUCAGAGCAAAUUUAACCUUAAGAAUUGAGUUUAAGGUUGAAUUUGCAAAUGCGACUACUUGAAUUGAGUGUCAAGAAGUUGUGUUGGACUCAUUGAGUGAGGACGUUUAUUGGUCGCUGAUUGUGCAUCCACUUUUUAAUAGGAGAUCGAUGCUUGAAAUAUAUUUAUUAUGGAUUCCAAUUUCGGUCACUAAACGUGUAAACUCAAUCCUUAAGAUGAAUUUGCUCUGAAUUAGGGAUUUUAUUGAAUAUUGGACUUUAUUUAAAUGCCUUUAGGUAUAAUUUUCUUUACCAAUAAUUCUAAAACUUUCAAAGCAAAAUUGGCCAGUUUUUAAGUGAAAGGUUCUACAUGAUUAUGCGUCCUUUUAUUUUAAGAGGUCAAUGAUUUCAAGUUUAAAAAUUCGAUGUUUUCAGAUUUAGGUAUGAAUGUGACAGUUAUUCGUAAAUUAUAGUUCAUUUACUAAAAUAUUAAACAAAGAAGUCUUCCACGGAGAACUUCUAUUAAAAUUACAAUUACAAUAUUUGUAUAAUAACUUGUUUUUUUAAUGUACAUGUAUUUGUUACUGACUUUGUAUUGUUUUAUUGUUAUUAUCUCAGCUGUGAUAUUUUAAAACACAGCAAGAGUAAUCAAUCAUAAUUCUAUUAGAUAUCCAAUUGGUCUUGUUACAAAAACUUUUGAAAAUCCGAGUUUGCCAAAAUUUCAUUUAUUUAUUUCUUUACUGCAAAAUAAGAAAAUGAACAAAAAUAUCCCUGCUAUGUUUUAAAAUUGCACAGUCGAUUUCGUACUGAAAAAUUUGAAUGUCUCGUUAGAUCUGAUUUUAUGUUUAUUAUAUCUAUGAAUAAUAAAAAUAGGAAUGUAUUAUAAAAUUUAUUAACAAAAAACAUUGCAACAAAAUUCUUACAAUUGAAAUAAAACACUCAGUUAAAGGCACAAUUUAUUCAUUAAAGGCAGCGCUACACAUAGUUUCAAAUAUUUGAACACUUGAAUUGAGCUCGGUAUGGGACUUUGUUGAUUUACAAGAUAAAGGUCCUGGGUUCGGUGCCCGGCUGGGCCGAUUGUGGUUUUCUUAAUUGGUCCAGGUCUGGCUGGUAAGUGAUGAUGUAAUCUAAGAUGAAAUCAGGCUAGCCCAGCCGGGAAUCGAACCCAGGACCUCCGUCUUGUAAAUCAAGGGGGCCGUCAAAAACAUGUAUGUUUAAAGCUAUAAGUAGCGCCGUCUUUAGGGAAUUGACAUGUAGAAAAGUCGCCGUCGAUUUUUUUUCUUUUUUUUUUGCUGGUACUGUAAAAUUUUAAUAUGCAUUGCUCAAAUUGUACUUCGAUGCAUUCCAAGAUUGAGGGUAAGUUUAAACUGAAGCUACUAACUUAACUAUCCUAGGGGACUAGCGAUACAGAGCGAAGUCGUGCAAGCUCAGACCAAACUAUCAUCAUCAACAUAUUCAUAUUGAUUCAGACAGACAGACAGAUGGACAAAUACAAAAAUAAAUAAAAAUAGUAAUACCUAUGACUUCUGCACACAACACUCACUAAAAACACAUCUAAACAGUCAAAUAUAAUAUGUGUAUGGAAUGAAAUAAAUUAAUAAAUAUAUUUGGAAAAUACUUACAAGCCCCGAAGUUAAGUAUCAUGAAAUCAGCUAUCUUAGUACCAUAACUAAGAUAGCUGAUUUCAUGAUUUACAUUUAUUAAAUUUAAAUAAAUUCAAGUGAAUCUCAUUUAAAUAAAUUAUAUUUAUUGUAAUUCGUCUAGUAAUUAUCCAAAUUUCCAUUACGAUUUCAGAAAUCUGAUAAAACUACCAAUAAUAUUUGGUUGCUCUAUAUUAUCAGAUCUUUGUGAUAAUUACAGUAAAUGUGGUGUUGCCAGGCGUAAUAAAAAAAUGCGAUUACCGAUGCCAUAUGAUACCGAUGCGAUAUGCGAUUAUAUUAUUUAAAAUUUUUAAUUUAAUAAUAAUUUUCAACGUUAUUAGAAUAGGCUUAAAAUUACUGAUGUAUAAUUUCUUCCUUGCUUGCAUCUCUUCGCUCUGUACAUUGGACGAGCACCAUGAAAAUGUAUGUUAUAUUUUAUAAUGACAUAUUUUGUUUAUUCUCUCGACACAAGGGGGUAACCAGGACUCUUCCAAAGAACGAAUCUCUAAUUUUUAUUUAAAUGUAAGGCAGUAAGGAGUUGUAUAAUAUGUUAUCAAUUAUAAUAUAUUUUUUAUAAUUUAUUUGUUGUAUAUAACGGUAGAUGUAGUAUUUUAUAAUCGAGAAUACAUUCCCAGAAUGUAGUAUAGAUUUGCUUUAAUAAAUGUAGGUAUGUUUAAUCUCAAGUAUUUUUAAGAAUCGAAUAGCUAUUAUUAUGCUGAAUGUCGUUUUGGUGGCUACACACGUCAGUACAAGCUUGUAAGCUUGGAUUGCACGAACUAAAAAAGAACAAUUAAGCCAAUCUAAACAUGUACCUACAGUUUUAAGUAGGCCAAGUUAUAAUUAUAAUGAAAUGCAGUAAAAUUGAUACUAUAUUGUAAGUUUUACAAUUGAAAACAGAUGAAAUUAAGUUGAAUGACAACAAUGAUUAGGCAAUGACAACUGAAAAGAUUUUUUUUCAUUUUUCUUCUUUGUUAUAGCAGUUUUGUUAUACUCACGUUUUUGUAAUGUUUACGUUUUAUUAUAAACAAUUGUUAUACAAUUUUUAUCUUAAUUUUUUUUUCUGUAAAUUGGUAGUGACGUGUGUAACCACCUUUAUAUGUUGUUUAUGAAAAGGGAAAGACGCAUGAGAUGUCCUUAUUGUAUGGACUAUUGUCUUGAUAAUAAAAUUUCUUGUAUUGAUGUUUGUUAUUAAUAUGUAUCUUGUAUAGGUACAAUACUCAUGUAAGACAAUAUUAAGGUGUAUUCAGACAUAACAAGAAACAAACCGAUUUCAAACGGAUGCUUGAUAUAUCUGAACACGCCAAAAACAUUUCUUUUGUUAUAUUAAACAACAGUGUAAUAUCUUAACAACGUUUUAAUCCUAUACGAAAACGAAUAAACACCAAUUAUAAUAAAAGAAUUAUAAUAAAUCAUUCUUCAAAUACAAUUGUUUAGGAUAGUAAUGGAAAACUUAAACCAAAGUUAUUGGAUACGGUAUUUUCGCAUUUCAACUAUAAUGUUUUAAAAUUCUAAUAAAAUGAACUAAAAUGUAGAAAACUUAAAAAGCCAAAUUUUCAAUUUAAGAAUCUAAAAAAUAUUGUAGAUUUUUUGUAAAAAUAAAAAAAAUAAUAUCUAUAUCUAAAUAAAAAAUAUUAUUAAAUUUUAUUUAAAUUUUAAACUUUAUUUUUAACCAGAAAUAAAACUGUGAAUCUUAAGUUCAUUGUAAUUUAACAUUUUUUUAAUUAUGUAUAUCUUUGGUUUAAGGAUUUCAGUAUACUGUAACAGUUUGUAUAAAAUCGUAUUCAUUAAGUAGUUCAUAUCAUAGAAUCGAAUCAUUACUUAGUUACCAUAAAUCUUAAAUAUUAUAAGUUGGAAACGGACUCGACAGAUAAUCAUUUUCGUAUUGUUAUAGAUAAUAAUAUAUAUAAAAAUUCGUGUUUUUAAUUUUUUGGUAAACAAAAUUACAUAAAAACCUCAAAAAAUCGAAUAUUCUUUAUCAUCCCGAGUGUCGUUUCCACAUUAUAAAUUAAAUCGAAAAGCUAUAAAUGCUUAAAAAAUAAAUUAGGUCUUAGAUAUACUUCUCUGAAUGAACUGUGUUGCCAUAUCAAUUAGAAAACCUAUAUUUAAUAAGUCUCAAUAAUCUUUGUAAUCUCUUAGCAUUUCUAUUGAUACAAAUUGACAUUUCUCUGUAUACUAUUUACUAUUGACUAAUUUUGUACUCUUUGUAAGAGAAUUCUAAUAGCCAUGCCUAUAAAAUGAUUAUAGUAAGAUUGCUCGGGAAGCUGUCUGUAUAUUUUGCGAUUGAUAUUAGUUAAUUAGGUUACACUUGCCCGGAUAAUCUUUUAUAAUCAUAAAAGAGCAUGACAGUCCCUGGGGUAUAAAAAAUCUUGUUUUAAGAUAAGCGAUAGCGAAGAUAGAUUUUUAAUUUUAUGGUAACGCUGUGCGAUCUGUACGAUGCAGAUCAGUGGAUUCACUUGUAUAAUGUUCUAUAAAAAGAAUACUACGAUCCGUUCCAUGCGAUGCGGAUAAGUGGACGCCUACUAUUAGUCAAUAUUUUACAUUCAUCCACAUUCAAAUGGGAUAACUAUGCGAAAAACAUCUCAAAAAUAUAAUGUAAUUAAUGUGAAAAAUUGAAUAUGUACCCUCAAUUUAAUUGAUGUGAAAAUGACGAAUAUAAAAUAAUCCAGACGUAGAAGAACCUUUUAAAUUAAUUUAAUAUAUUAUGUGGUUUUUAUUAUUUCAGGGACUAAUACAUUAAAUCUCUUCAACAGUAGAUAUCCACUACAUGCACAACCAAUGAUUGCAUUUUUUUUUAUAACUUUUGUAUUUCACAGAAGUAGUAUUUAUAUUAAAUCAAUUUUUAAAGAUAUUAGAAGUGCAAUAAAAAUCAAAUUUUGGAAAUAGAUUAUGUAAUAGAUUCUUUUUAUAACUAAUAAUGCAUUUUCGAAUUUAAAACACAGUACAAUUAUACGCACAUCCAUUUUUUGACUGCGGGUUUAUGUGGCACUGCCUUUAUUCAUCGAUCAGUGAAAGACCAAAAGUCUUUUAAAUGUAUUAUUUUUCAAAAUAUUAAUAAUAUUGCAAUAGAAUCUCGAUCCAAAGUCGCUAUUAUUAAUCACUUAAUAGCGUUAUUUAAGGCUGCUCUACAAUCUCGUGCAAAUACAUUCUAAUGCGAAUUGCGCGCGAAUUCAAAACUAAAAAAAAAAAUGAGGGCGCUGUAGUCACUUAUUGUCGAUUUUAUGGUAACACUGUGUUCUGUCUUCCACUUAGGAUUGCAACUACCUUGAUACUUGAUAAUAAUUGAUAUUUUGUUCUAUACGUAGGUAUAGAACUAUUCUAUUCGUAUUGUAUAUUUGUUAAUUAAUUUAUUGUUAAUAAUAUUAUGUUCUUAUUUUUAAUAUGAUGAACUAUUUAAAAUAAUAUUAUUAUUUAUUAAAUUAAUAAAUAUAUUUAAAAAAUGCUUACCACUAUUUAGCCCUGAGCAUUAUGUUAUGACUACUAAGAUAGCUCAUUUCGAGAUUUACAUAUAACUAAAGAAAUGGUAUUUAUUGUUUUUUGUCUGAUAAUUAUCCGAAUUUCCACUAUGAUUUUAAUAAUCUGAUAGAAAUAAUAAUUUCCUAGUCUUAGUUUAUUUUAAUUUGAUUAAAGGGCAUUAUAAUAAAUAGGUAAAUAAAUAUAGAUUAUCUGAAAAAAAUAUCAAAAUUAAUUGGUUGCUCUAUAACGAUAGUAAAGAGUUUUUUACUAGUUAAAAUUUUAUGAACUUCUAUUCUUUUAUGUCGCACUAUACAAUAGUUUCGCGUAUUCUUCGCGGCUUUGCUUAAGCCAGUUCGCGCUUUGUUCUCCGAUUUAUCGGUUUUUGGUUUAAGACAAAAGGAUCGCGAAAUAUAGUGAGUAGAAGACACGAAGUUUUGUGUGUGGAACAGUUUUUGUUCCGUUUCGCACGAUUUGCUGUGUGAUUUGCGCCUCGAAUUCGCACGAGAAUGUGGAUCUGUUGUUUGUGUUUGCGUGAAUGACUCAAAGCCAAAGUUUAAAAACUCAUUACAAUAAUUUAAAAUGAAAUUCGCACAUUGAAGCUUUUUUGGUCGGCGUGUUUAUUAUUUUAAUUGAUAUUUUUAUAUUAUUUGUUACAGUUAGGUUGAAGAGUUAUAAUAAGAAUUAUAUUCAUGUAUUUUCUAUAAUUUGUUCAAUGUUGUUUUUAAUUAAUGUUUUAUACUACCUACUAGGUAGACUAGGUAGGUAUUAUUAGACUUUUUGUUAUUAUUAUAUUUUUAAGUCUGCAGCAUCGUCUUGGAUGAUGAAACAAUUUUUUAAACUUUAGAAAGAGAUCAAAUUAUGCUACCUAAUAGUUAUCUCUGUCGCACACGCGCAGCAUGAUCUACAAAAUAUCUCUUGCCGCUCAGAGAUUGCGUUUUUGACACCAUGUCACCUUUCUAUUAAUUAAUUAAUUGUUAAUAAUUUUUGCCCAAAGUUAUUACAUCUAAUGUAAGUUGGCAUAAGUAUUUCCUUUUUAAUGUUAUUACUCUUAAGGUAAGAUAUAUAAAUACAUAUCUCAUUGACAUUGUGUUGUCAUUAUCUCUCUCAUUGACAUUGGCAUUGACAGGUGUCAGAAACGCAAUCUCUGAGCGGCCGGACUUUAAUAGAUGAAGAUAUAGGUACAUCUACACAAUGUAAUAUUUUUGCAGCGAUUAACAUUUUGAUUUAGCUGAAUUCUAAAAUGUCUGCAAAUAUAAUGUCACGUUAUUAUUUAUUUAGCUGUAAUUGAUUGUUUUUAUUUAUUAAUAACAAACCAUUGUUCAGUUGUUAACAUGUAAUCCAUUGGUAUGUGUGAUGAUAUAGUCGAUAUUUAGAUCUGUCAUUAAUCAUUAAACAACGAAGAAAG